AUCUAGCGCGAGACUGGGCCCCAUCUAUUCCCGUUCAUACUCAAUCAGAACCCCACGAACGACACCUCUCUCUCUCUCUCUCUCUCUCUCACCCUUCAGCGAGGGAAACUGCCAGAAAACCCCUGAACAUCCCAAAAGGUCGGCGCUCUCUCUGGCUCAACAACUUGUCCCAAAACCCAGACGUAAAAUCAAUGGGCCGGCACGAACAACGACACAACCCUGGUCGUCGAAUUAGAAGACGAGGUCUAAGCAGAGGCGAACCUCCUCCACCGCCUUGAAUCUCUUUCAAGAUUUUUUUAUCGAACAGUCUGUCGGCAUAAACCCCCCAGUCCCCCUUAUUAAACCCCUCUACAACCCUCAUUUGCUCAUUUAUCUCACCCACCACACCAUUUCAUUUCUCGUACAUUAACGCACAAACAAACCCAGUCUAUCUCUCUCUCUCUCUCUCUCUCAGUCUCCUAUAACAACCUUAUAGAUGAAUCCAGAAGACGAACACUUGCCAAAUUCUCCACCUAGAACUCCUACGGAGUCGAAGGGUAAAGCUCCGGUCGUCGAAACGUCGUCGUCUGGUUCAUCCGAGUUGGAGUCCGAGACUAUUGGGAUCCGGCUCUCCCCGAUACAACCCGAAACAAAGUCGCAACCGUUCUCGCCCGGGUCUUUCUUCAUGGACACCACGGCUAGUUUCUCCAUGCAGAACAUUGGGAUCUCGGGCCCUCCUCCUCCAAUGGACCUCGAAGCCUUCUCAACCAUAAACCUAUCACCGCCUUUAGCCGAAACAGCGCGAACCAUACCGGCGAGUAGUACAGGAGGAGGAAGAGACUCGGAGAGUAUCGGCGUGCCUCAGCCGCUCGAGUGCUUGCAGGGCAAUCUGAUACCACCGUUUCUGUCGAAGACGUUCGACCUGGUGGACGACCCGGCGCUCGACCCGAUCAUAUCGUGGGGACCCACUGGAGAGAGCUUUGUAGUGUGGGACCUGGUGGACUUUGCGAGACUCGUCCUGCCUCGGAAUUUCAAGCACAACAAUUUCUCCAGCUUUGUCCGCCAGCUUAAUACUUAUGGGUUCCGCAAGAUUGAUACCGACAGGUGGGAGUUUGCCAAUGAAGCUUUCCAGCGAGGGAAGAGACAUCUGUUGAAGAACAUUCAGAGGCGCAAAUCAACUCAUUCCCAGCAGAAUGGGAUCUAUGUUGGGCCUUCUACCGAAGCAAAUAGGCCUGCUCUGGAAGAUGAGGUAGAGAAGCUGAGGAAGGAGAAGAGUAUGGUAGAGAAGCUGAGGAAGGAGAAGAGUAUGAUGAUGCAGGAGGUUGUUGAAUUGCAGCAACAGCAGCAGGGUACCUUUCACCAUAUGGAAUCAGUGAACCAGAGGCUCCAGUCUGUAGAGCAGAGACAGAAGCAGAUGUUUUCUUUCGUGACAAAGUUGCUGCAGAACCCAGCAUUCAUAUCCCAGCUUCAGCAGAAGAAGGAACAGAGAGAAAUAGGUUCUCCACGAAUGAAGAGGAAGUUUGUCAAGCAGCAUCAACAUGAAAUGUGUAAAUCGGAUUCUUCCAUGGAAGAGCAGGUUGUGAAGUACCAACCAGAUUGGAGACAACUCAUUAUACCUUCUGCGGCCCCGGAUUUUUCUCCAGAUCCUGUUGAACAAUCGGAGGAUUAUUUCUCACAAGGUAUGGUUACUAUGAUAGAACCAAUUGGCUUAGGUGCUGAAAACAUACCACUUCCAUCAGAUGAAUUAGCUGUAGUGCAGGGAUUUACCAAUACCCCUGAGCAGGUGGGAGAAGGGUCAUCAAGGCUGGGGUCUGAAGAUCUGAAAGGAAAGAAUUUCAUGAGCCCGCAAGAAGAGGUUAAUCCCAAGUAUCUUGUCUCUUUCCCAGAAGAAAUAGCGAAGGAAAAGGCUAUUUCUGAGUUAUCUCCGGGGAUUGAAAGCAUCAUUAAACAAGAGGACACAUGGAGCAUGGGUUUUGAUCCAAGUACCGCUAUGCCUAGCUCUAGCAGCGAGUUGUGGGGUAGUCUAAUCAACUAUGAAGUUCCAGAGUUGGAAGUGACUAGCGGAUUAUCAGAUGUCUGGGAUUUAGGUUCACUGCAAGUGGCCGAAGGUUCAGGCAUCGAUAAGUGGACUACUGAGGAACCCGAGAGUCAAGAUGGCCAACCCAAAGAUGAUAUAUCAGAAAAUAGGGAUCCAUACGGCUUCAUUUGCUUCUGAACUUGCUGCGCUUGCUGCCCUUAUGGAUCUGAAUGAUUUUUUAGUUGAACAAAUCAGCAUUGGACAAUUUAUUUGCAAAUAUAUUGAUUUAAUUGCAGUGUUAAA